AUGAAAUUGGGUAGGGAGCAAUGUAGAAUGGAGAAGACUCUGAUAGAAAGUUUCUCGGAUUCAGGGAAACCGACGAUCAGAAAAAUCAGGUCAUAUGAGAGAACUCAAACAAACAAAUGA